CGUGUCUGGAAUGUCUAAACUAGUGAAGCUUAAAGAGCUUACUAUUUAUGAUUGUAAUAAGCUAGAAGAGCUGCCAAAUCUUGCCCAUCAGAGUUUCCUCAAGAAGAUUACCAUUACUGAAUGUAGGACACUGAAGAGCAUUGCACUGCCCACAAAGCUUGUCAUGUUGAGUAUUAGUGAAUGCCACGACCUCAAGGAGCUAAGUCUCGGCAGGCUGAGUUGCCUCGAGACGGUAACAAUUAAUAGGUGUGAGAAGUUGCAGGAUAUAGCAGGAAUUGAGGAGCUGCAGCGAUUGAAACAUAUGCAGCUUUCCAUUGGCACCAAUGUGGCAGUUCGGAAUUGCAUUCACAGGUUACAGAGACUUCCGUCAGAGUUCAUGACCGCCAGUCGGAAAGCCGGGCAUGGAGCCGACUCAAAUUUAGAGGGACAUUUCUUUUCUGACCUUAAAGGCACUGGUGCAGUCAGUAAAAUUCCUAUGGAGAAAGAUGGCAGUGGCUUUGUGAAGGCAUCACUGGAUUCGCUAGAAAUAAUGCCAGAAUCAGGUUCGCUGAGUGCAAUCAUAUUGUGCGUUGUGGUGUUAGUUGAAGUAUGUUGUGAGGACAGCGUGUAUAUAGGACUCUGUCGCCACGGAGCCAUGGAGUCGUGGAUCUUUGAAGAGGUUCAGAUAGAUAGAGGAGAGUGGAUCAUUACCAUGGUAAUUACUGAUCAAGAGCUGAUAGCCGGGUAUAUUAAAGAUCGCAAACUGGGAACAGUGGAGAUUACAUUAGAUGAACCGCGAGGAAUAAAGAAAGGGUGGAUACUACCCGUCAACAAAGGUGAAGAAUGGAGAAUCCUCCGUGUACUAAACACAAUUGUUGAAUUAGACAACAAAUAAACCUAGCCAAUGGUUUAUCUCACUUUCAGCUACUCUAAAAUUUUAGAGUC